UGUCCAUCUUCUUUGGGACAGAGAUGAUCUUUCUAGAAGUUGGUGUUGUAGGAAUUCAACGUCACCACCCUCGCCUACCAAAUCAACCUUUUUUCCAAACAAAAGUGAAAAUAUAAUUCGACGAGAGAGAGAGAGAGAGAGAGAGGUUAUAUAUUUAUAUGAAGCGACGCAAAACCAGGGGAGAAACAAACGAAACUCUGAUGAUAUAAAUAUUUUAAUUUGAUCUUCAAAUCCUUACGUUGAAAGUGAAGCGGUUGAACCUCACCCAGACGGAAAUAUCAUGAUUUGAAUCUGGAAGACAAGAUAAUGAAGUGUUUCUACUACUUCAAGGAUAGGAGUAGGACCCGAUUGCAGAAAUCGGCUCCAAUCCUCAAAGAUGACACCAAAUCUGAUGUCUCUGACGCUGAGAGGAUCACCAAAUCUUCGUGCUCCGCUACUAGCAUACCCGAAUUAUACUCUGAGAAGGCUCCCAAUUUGAGAGUUUUCAGCUUCUCUGAGCUCAAGCACGCCACCAAUAACUUCAGCCGAUUGCUUAAGAUUGGCGAAGGCGGUUUCGGGAGUGUUUACAAAGGCACCAUCAAGCCUCUUGAUGGAAACUCUACCGAUCCUAUUGUUGUUGCUAUCAAGAAACUCAACAGGGAUGGCUUUCAGGGUCAUAAACAAUGGGUAGCAGAAGUGCAGUUCUUAGGCGUUGUGGAGCAUCCGAAUCUGGUGAAACUGAUCGGAUACUGUGGUGUGGAUGGCGAGAGAGGAAUCCAGAGGCUGCUCGUGUACGAGUACAUGCCCAACAAGAGUUUGGAAGAUCAUCUCUUCAACAAGGCGUAUCCACCGCUCUCAUGGGAUGCUAGGCUGCAAAUAGUGCUCGGAGCUGCUCAGGGAUUGGCUUAUCUUCAUGAAGACUUAGAAAUUCAGGUUAUAUAUCGAGAUUUCAAGUCAUCAAAUGUGCUGUUGGAUGAGCAGUUGAAGGCGAAGCUCUCGGACUUUGGGCUGGCCCGGGAGGGUCCUGAAGCCGGCCAUAGUCAUGUGUCAACCGCGGUUGUGGGUACAUACGGAUAUGCUGCACCGGACUACAUAGAAACGGGGCAUCUGACCUCAAAGAGCGACGUCUGGAGUUUUGGAGUAGUCCUGUACGAGAUGUUGACAGGCAGGCGGUCUCUGGAACGAGACCGCCCCAAAUCCGAGCAGAAGCUGCUGGAAUGGGUGAAGCAAUACCCUGCAGAUAGCAGAAAGUUUGGGAUGGUAGUAGACCAGAGGCUCCAGAAGGACUACUCGCUCAACGCAGCUCGAAAGAUGGCCAAACUAGCCGACGCGUGUUUGGUUAAAAGCGCCAAGGAUCGACCAAAGAUGAGCAAAGUGGUGGAGAGCUUGAAGCAGAUAGUGCAGCUUACAUUAGCAGAAAGCCCUCCGGCUCCGGCUAAAUAUGCAGAUGACGAGGACGAGGCUGCAGCUCCGGCCAAGCCCAUGGGGGCGGCCGAGUCCGCCAAGAGGCGCAUUGCGCACCUUGCUAAGAUUAGUGAACACAUUGGUGGAGUGAGUAGAAGGAGGUUCAUGAUCAUGCACAGAGCUAAUGUCACAUAAUACCAUCUACUCCUUUGUGCUUGCCUCUUCUUCUGUUAAUAAAUUUUGCCUCUUGGGUUGGGAAACAA